UUAUUUUUAUCUACCAAUUGUAAACUUCCGGGUCGGCUUCUACUUCCUUGUUGGAAGACAAUAACUGGAAAGGAACGGGUGAUGAAGUAGACAUAGACAUUUUGCUGAAUGUUGUACUGGAUGCCUGUAACAGAUUUAGUUUACGAGAGUAAAUAAUGACUGGGGAUCAUGAGGAUCCUUCGAUGGCAACCGCGGAAGCUGCUGAAAUUUACAUGCGGCUUUGUGACACUUUGUGUAAUGUUGCUUGUUAUUUACACUUUAAACAAAGUGUGGGAGGAAAACCGAUGCUCUGUUGAAGAGUCUAAUACGCUACUGGAUGAUGUGUGUCAGCGAUACAGGGUCCAUUCUGUAGAUGGUAACCUUUGUAAAGACUUGUGUGAAACCCGAGCCAUCAGAUAUGUCAAGUGUACAAACUACCGCCGUGGUAAGAAGGUGUUCAUCAUGGAAUGUAACGGCAGGUGUCAGGCUGGAGAGACGGUCAAAGUUGUAAUGAAAACUAAACACAGAACUAAAGAGGAAUAUGAUCAUUUGGUUUUGCCUCUGAAUGAUGAUGGCUCUUUGACUAAGGACGGACUGGAAAUGGCGAAGAUUAUGAUGAUAAACAAGGCUUAUGGAGACAUGCAUUUCACUGUAUCAUCCAGCCAAAAUAUUUUCUCUGAGCUUUGGUCCAUGGACUACGAUCAGUAUGUGAAAACUGCGACUUACAAAAACGCUGAUCAUGUUGCAUUAUUAAGUAUCUGGUCAUUGCUACAGCAAGAUGAGUAUCUAUUCAUGAAGGUUUAUCAAAAUUUGCCCUAUGUGCCCCUUCUGUAUGGCACUUGUGGGGAGUUCUAUUUCAUGGAGUACGCCCCUCCGGGAGACAUACUUAGUCCAGGGUUCUUUACGAAGUCUCCUUGGUCACAGCGAGCUGAUGCUGCAUUAAAGCUUAUAGACGUUGCACAAUCACUAGACACAGACUUUUAUCAACCAGUGCAUUUCUGUGAUAUAAAAGUGGAUAAUUUUGGGCUGGGUUCGGACUUGAGAGUUAAAGUCCUGGAUUCAGAUUCAUUAUUUUUCGAUGAAAAAAUGUCUAUGAACUUAAAAGGUCCAUGUACCAAGCAUGAUGAUUGUGACUUUUUUGACUGUCGGGGAUGGUGCAAGAUUAAUAAUAAAACUUGUGAUGGAAGGAGAACGAAUAACAACUUACAGAAUAUUUGCGAGGACAUCUUCAUUGAUCGGCCGCCCAACUUUUUCCAAGGCCUGUUACAUGAUGCUCCACCUACCAUUGCUGGUGAGCUAGCCACAGUGUUGCAGAAUUGUGCCUACCCCAACAAAAAUAUGGCCGAAGUCGUAAGGACACCAACAUCCCGAGAAACAAUGGAGAGACUUUACCAACUACUUCAGACCAAAACUGAUUCUUGGAAAUUUUCUUAAAAAUAUUGAAAGGGAUUCACAACAAAAUGAACUGACCUAAGUAUACCAAGUAUUAAUUAACAAAUGAAGCAUUACAGCAAGCAUUAAAUUUAUCAUCGAUAGCUCAAAACAAAAUGCUUCUUUUCUUGCGUCACCCUGAGCCAAAGUCAGGUGACCUAUUGGGAUCAGUCUUCGUCUUUCAUCCGUUAGCGUUUCACAUUCUGAACUGAAAUGCAAACACUGGUACAUAUCCACCACAGCCACCAUUUUGAACUUAAACUUCAGUUCUACUAAAGCUAUUUCAAUAAAAAUUCAUUGAAAUGUUCAGUUCAUGCCGAACUUGGAGAGAAAUCAAAGAUGGCUGUCAUCAUGCCAUAUUGAAAAUCUGUUUUGAACAUAUGACUCCAGUUGUUCUAAAAUAAUUUCAAUGAAACUUAAAACGAAUGUUUUCCCGACAAAAUGUUGGUAUUUUUCAGGUCACUCAUGAUCAGGUAUCAAACAUUGUUACCAUGAUAACCAUCUUAAAAAUCUUUUUUGAAUUUGAAAGUCAGGUCUGCUGAAGGGAUAUCAGUUACUGGUAAACUUUACAGGAAUGUUCAGUCCAUGAUCCUGACUAAGUGUUUUUAAUUUUCUGGUCAGUCAGUGAGGAGCACCACAGCUGCUAGCCUGAAGCUGUAAUUUGACCCUGACUAAGUGAUGCUAUAUAGCCUCAAUGGCUGCCAUACUACCCAACAGCAUUACCUUUUUUAUACAAUGUAUUUCUUCUUUAUCUCUAUUGUCAAAUAAGUAUUACAACAAAUAAUUAAAGCCAAUAUCUUAGCAAAUGUCCACCAUAUUUUUUCUGUACACAUCUGCAAUUCCAUAUUGUUUCCAUCAAGUGAAUCACCAUAAGGCCCGGUGGCUCAUUGUUUAUUUUUGAUAAUUAAUUUUUGUAUUGACAUAAUAUUAUUUUGAUUUAUUGAUGCAUUGCAUCUAAUUGAGAUUUAAUAUAUUUUCCAUAUGUAUCAAUGGGUAUUAAAUCACAAAUGUCAUAGAUGUCCUAGUGCAAGCAUUCUGGCAGGAUUUCCCUCAUGCAUAUAAUGCCCAGAAUUUGAAAAUAUUACGUAAGAGACUGCAUUUUUAUAAGACAUGUAUCAUGGAAUCCUCGAAAUCCAAGGGUUCCAAUAUUGAUACACAAACUGAUAUAUUCUUUACACACCUGCGAUACGUCAUGACAAAACCUAAGGCUCACAGUACACAUUCAACUGGUUAUUAAUUAAACUUUAUUUAUUUUACAAUAGUAUGAAACAAGUUUUUACAACUUAUACUACCGGUAAUCACUCUUGUUGGCCCGGAUGUUAGCACCCAAGGGGUCUUAUAGAAGGGAAACAGAGUACUAGGAGAAAACCCAUGUGGUCGGGCAGGUGACCCCAUACCUUUUCACAUCUGAUCGGGGAAUCAAACCAGGGGCACCUUGGUUGGUUUUAGGUAUAAAAACCUGACUGAAGGAAUCCUGAAUCCUGCCUCUAGGCUAGUUCUGAUAACUGACUUUUGAAGAUAACAGCAGAGCUACAUUCAAAUUAAAAGUCUGUCAAUUUACUGUUACACUGCCACAGGAUUCCUUCAAUUUUCAUCAAAGACAUCUCACUAUUCUACUUUAGCCCGAGUUUCCUCUGGCCCUGACACGUACACCAGACUUAAACUUUUUGACAAAUAAAUGACCCACACCAAACAUUUAUCUGUCAAAAUGUCUAAGUCUGGUGUCAAGGCCUGAGUGAGGGGAACUCAGGCUAAAUUCUACUUUUAUCAUCCGAAAGUUGUUGUGUAAAGAUCCUUUUGUUUUGUCAAUUCAUGCCACAUUCCGGGGUGCAGAGAAGAUAUGUUAUCGAGAGCGGAAUCCUAUGAUUUUGAGGAUGGAAUUUUGGUUGUAGACCAGUAAUUUGUAUACAAGAGUCUCCUAAUUUCUAUGUCUUCCAGUUCAUAUCAGGAUAAUUUUAUUAACAUAACAAAGUACAUUCCUGUAAUGAUAUAAAAUAUGAUAAGAUAAAGGUGAAAUGAUUUCUGAAAUAUUAUUGAAUAUAAUUGGGUGAUAGCAAUUACAGUAAACAUUUGUUUAUAACAUAAUUUAAUAUUGGUCGAAAAUAGGUUGUAUUGUCUAAGGGUAAAAAUGUCCCAUUGUAUAGUUUUCUACUUUCACAUUCCUAUCAUUUUUACGAAUACAUUUUUAACUUUUAUAUGCUUUUAUUCGAUACAACUGUGAUUUCUACACGCAGCUAAUACAUUCUUUGCGCUGAAGCUUUGGUGCAAAUAUGCGUAAAAUCUUGUUAUGUUUGUCGAUAUUCCUUUCAAUAUUUAUUAUAAAUGUAUUCCUUUAGUUGUGGUAAGCUUCUUUUUAAUCUCUGUUUUGUAAUUUUCAUUAUUUGAGCAUAAUAAAAUCUGCUUUUCCACAGUGAUGUGCCACAAGUCUGUCACGUUAUGUUAAUUACAUAACGUUUAUUUGUUAAUUUACUUUUUCUUAAAUCAAUUUUUCUGACUUCAUUUUUUGGUCAAAAAUUGACUAUUUGCCACACAGAUUGAGAAUUAUCCAGCACUGCUCUUUGGUUAUAUGAUUACAAGUAUCCGUUUCAUAGAGUUCUAAUCAUGAUGAUUUGAUUGGUCAAAUAGGUUUUAUGGCAAAAUUUAAGAUUACAUCGUGUCUAUAGGAAUAACGUCAAAGUAUAACAUUUCCUUUUUUUUUGUACUGGGAUGAAAAGUGAUAUGUCAAUAAUUAAGGCACAGAUAAUAAUAUGAAUAUUAUCAGAAGAAACACUGGAGAAUUUACUAGCAGGAUGUCUUGAUUUAUAAAUUGAUAACCUGUUAUGAAAAAAAAAUGAAAUAAACACACUCCUGA